UGUUUACAUACUCGAUGUUUCAGAAAUUUCUUGAUUAUAUCCUCCAAGUUUAAAAUUUAUUGAUUGAUGUUAUCAAAUUUUACCAAUUCUGUCUCCAUUUUGAACAACAUUAUAAAAAUCGGGAGUCUGAGUUGAUAGCGCUUGCAGGCUUGCACACAGUUUAAAUGCUUGACUCAUCAUUCUUGAGGGAGUCACAGUCCCCAACCUCAAGGUGACAGCGGGCAGUGGAGAGCCCAAUUCGUCGAUUAUGAAUAUGUCAGAGAGAAAGGUUGAGACAGCAGUGGAAUGUUGAGUUGAAUGCCAAUUCGUCGAUUAUGAAUAUGUCAGAGAGUCAUGAGAGUGAGAUUCAGGGAAGUUUGGGAGAUGCUAUUGAGAGGAAAAAUGACUAUGGCACAUGGGCCCAAGAUCAUAUUGAGAUGCAGAAUGAGUGUAGGGAUGAUAAUGGGUCUAGUAGGGAGCAGUCUCAUGAUCUUGGAGAUGUUGAGAGGGAGAGAGUUGGGCAGAUUGUUCGUGGAUGGAUGGAGAGUGACAUUGGCGAGGAUACGUCUAAUGUAUCACACAGGAAUGGUAGUCCAAGAGCAGAAUGGCUUGGUGAAACCGAGCAUGAACGGGUCAGCAUUGUCAGGGAGUGGGUUCAAAUGACGAGUCAGCAGCGAGGAUCUUGUGGUGGGCAGAGGGUGGAUCAAGCUGCUGUAGUUCAUAGGCAACCUGACCAUGUCCGUGAAGGGUCACUGACAGACCAGGAUGAAGGGCAGCCGAGCACAUUCAUAGAGACUUGCUAAGGUUGCGUGGAAGGCAAGCUCUGGUAGAUUUGCUUGUCAGGACCGAGAGGGAAAGGCAGAGAGAACUUCAAGGUUUAUUGGAGCAUCGAGCUGUCUCUGAUUUUGCCCACCGCAACCCGCAUUCUGGUCUGUUUCCCUUGACCACCCAAGUUCCUUUUUAGGUCUUUUGUUCUCCCCCAAAGAUUCUCUGUGAUGCCCUCUUUGUGCAGACUGGAUCGGGGUAAAAUUGAGGUGCGCAGUGAAGCUUCUAAGUCCUGCAAAGAUAAGAGGUUAAGUGCACGAACGCCAGAUGAUACAUCUAAUUGGAUUCAUGUGAGGAAAGGGACAAUGCUGUGUUUGUUGUGAUAGCCAUAUUGAUUCUCUAUUGUACAGGUGUGGCCACAUGUGCACUUGUUUAAAAUGUGCUAGUGAGUUGGUCGGUCCAUGGUGGAGGAAAGUGCCCGUUGUGUAGAGCACCAAUCGUGGAAGUUAUCCGAGCAUACUCCAUACUGUAAGAAGUAGAAUGAUGGUGGUAAAGAUUCAUUCGAUCCAAUGUCAGUUCCUUUUAAUGAUCAAGGAGCCGAGCAACACUGUGUUUGUUUUUGGUUGCAUGUGCCAGUGUUUAUGAUGUGUAUAACUGGAACAAAAUAAUGCCCCAUUCAUUCAUUCAUUCAUAAUUUCUCCUCUA